CACCGCAUUCCUCGCUUCUCGCUAGCUUCUCCUCGCAAGCGAGCACCCAGCUUUAUUGAUGUAUGCGCCCUCCAUGGUUGUCUGAAUUAUCAGAAAAUACGCGCGUUUCUCCCUCGAACCUUCCCGGAGGAGCCGCCAUCCGACCGCGAGGCUGCAUCACAUCCCCGUAGAUGCUCGUUUCCUCACCAUGGCAACCGAAGAUAAGAAACCAGAGACCGACACGAAACCUCCCGUCGUCCCGUCGGCGUCUGCCAGUCAAAGCAAGUCGGCGCCCGCCAAGCCCAACUACAGUCUGAAAUUCACACUAGCGGGCCACACUAAAGCCGUCUCCUCCGUCAAAUUCAGUCCCAGUGGAGAAUGGCUCGCCAGCUCCUCUGCUGAUAAACUCAUCAAAAUCUGGGGCGCAUACGACGGCAAGUUUGAGAAAACCAUCUCCGGACACAAACUCGGCAUAUCCGACGUGGCCUGGUCCUCCGACUCCAACCUCCUGGUGUCCGCAUCCGACGACAAAACCCUGAAGAUCUGGGACGUCAGCUCGGGGAAAUGCUUAAAAACUCUAAAAGGUCACAGCAACUACGUCUUCUGCUGCAACUUCAACCCCCAGUCCAAUCUCAUCGUGUCCGGAUCGUUUGAUGAGAGUGUACGGAUAUGGGACGUGAAGACCGGGAAGUGUUUGAAAACGUUGCCGGCUCAUUCUGACCCAGUCUCGGCUGUCCACUUCAACAGAGACGGCUCCCUGAUCGUGUCCAGCAGCUACGACGGCCUCUGCCGGAUCUGGGACACGGCGUCGGGGCAGUGCUUAAAGACGCUCAUAGAUGACGACAACCCUCCCGUGUCGUUUGUGAAGUUCUCCCCCAAUGGGAAGUACAUCCUGGCCGCCACGCUGGACAACACGCUGAAGCUGUGGGACUACAGCAAAGGAAAGUGCUUGAAAACAUACACCGGCCACAAAAAUGAGAAGUACUGCAUAUUUGCAAACUUCUCUGUCACCGGCGGGAAGUGGAUCGUGUCCGGCUCUGAGGACAACAUGGUUUAUAUCUGGAACCUGCAGACGAAGGAGAUUGUGCAGAAGCUCCAGGGCCACACAGACGUGGUCAUUUCGACCGCCUGCCACCCGACAGAGAACAUCAUCGCGUCCGCGGCUUUAGAAAACGACAAAACCAUCAAGCUAUGGAGAAGCGACUGCUAAGCCCCUCCCCCUUCUUUUUGGAUCUUUUUGGGCCACUCAUAACUUUUUCUUCUGUUUUGUUGUAAGAAAAGACCCCACCACACACACACACACACACACACACCCUUUCAGGUGAUGAAGUUUAAACGAGGAGAACCAAAUGAGAUGCGUCGGCCGAAGAACAUUUUAUUUUUUAUUAUACAAUCGAUGUUGAUGUUCUGGUGCGUCGGUAUUUGACACUGCGUUAACUCCCCAGACCCCGGGGCCAACGUAAAGCUUAUUUGGCCUUUCUACGAUUCAUCUGUGUUUUGCCUUUUUCUUCUUCUUAGUUUGUCUGAGUAACUGUAGCGUUGCCUCCAUGACCUCCAGUUGGAGAAGUGACUUUGACAUCAAGCUUCAGGUAUUAAAAGAAAAGACAUUUAAGGAU